AUGCCUUGCAUCAGCGAAACCGAUCUCCAGGAUCUUUACGCCAAGAUCCAAGACCUGGAAGAGCAGGUCGAAGAGGCUAAGCAGCUUGUCGAGGUCCUUGAGGCAAACCUCAAGACCGCUAGACGAUCCGACACGAACGCCGGCAACCCUGGAGAGGCUAACGAUGGUCUCAAGGAGGGGGAGACUCGAGUUACCUUGAUCGAGAACGACCGAGGUCGGUUUGUCAAGUGGACCACUGGCCCAGUACUCUUUCCGGCAGCGGAAUUUGCAGAGAAGAUGGGCCUUGAUGUGGAGAGUUUCUGGGCUGAAAACGGCCCUGGCAGUCAAAAGACUACCGACGACAAGGCUACCAAGGAGGGAGACUGGGAGAUUGUCUGA